GACUUUUUUGUUCCAUGUUUAGGCCCCCUGUUGCCUAAACAGAGAAAUGUUCCGGGUGUUAUUUCAGGUGACUCAAUAUACUCAAUAGUAAACGCACAUCGUGUUAAAAUACAUAGCGAUAAUAUAAACGAAGUGAAAAAAAUAACAAAAUCCUGUUUGGAAUUAUUGGUACCAUUAUCUAUAGCCCCUGGAUCCUGAAAUAUAUAUAUUUUCUAAUUAAUUAAAUCACUGAUCGUUGAUUCCCUGGCGCUGGCCUGCUAACUGCCGCCGGGGAAACCUCCGUACGUCUUGAGCGCUAAACCAGUUUCGGCUGUCAGCUCAUCUCAUGUGGCGUGCUGACUACGAUGCUGGACUGCAGAUCAAAAGGUACGAGAUCGAUCCCCAUCAAGGACAGAAAAAAUCAGUCGUCUGAUGGCAUUGAAGCGGAUGGGCAUUGUUGAUAAUUAUGAGAGAAUCCGAGAUUUCACAGUAGCUGUGGUUGGUGUAGGAGGUGUUGGGAGUGUCACUGCUGAAAUGCUGACUAGAUGUGGAAUAGGAAAGCUGUUGCUAUUCGACUAUGACAAAGUAGAGCUCGCCAACAUGAAUCGUCUUUUCUUUCAACCUCAUCAAGCUGGGAUGAGUAAAGUACAAGCAGCAGAAAAGACUCUAAGAUCUAUCAACCCGGAUGUAGAGUUUGAGACUCAUAAUUACAAUAUCACCACUAUGGAGAACUUUAAACAUUUUAUGAGCAGGAUUCAGAAUGGUGGUAAGAAUGGUGACGCUGUUAACUUGGUGCUAAGUUGUGUAGAUAACUUUGAAGCAAGAAUGGCAAUUAAUAUGGCAUGCAAUGAAAUAAAUCAGAACUGGAUAGAAUCAGGAGUUAGUGAGAAUGCAGUAUCUGGUCAUAUACAACUCAUCAAACCGGGAGAAACUGCUUGUUUUGCUUGUGCCCCUCCUUUGGUGGUAGCAGAGAACAUUGAUGAGAAGACAUUAAAGAGAGAAGGUGUCUGUGCUGCUAGUCUUCCAACUACCAUGGGGGUCGUAGCAGGUCUACUAGUACAAAACACACUCAAAUAUCUACUGCAGUUUGGCAGUGUAACUCACUACCUGGGAUAUAGUGCCCUAACAGACUUCUUCCCUACAAUGUCAAUGAAACCAAACCCUCAUUGUGAUGACAGCUUUUGUAUAAAUUGUCAAAAAGAAUUCCAGAAGCAGCAAGCUUUGAAUCCAGUAGCUGAGGUAGAAGAAAGCAAAGAAGAAGAGGUCAUACAUGAUGAAAAUGACUGGGGAAUUGAACUAGUAGCUGAAACCAGUGCAGAUGAUCUAGUUUCCAAACCAGCCCCAGAGCUUGCUAGUGGGAUCUCAUAUGCCUAUGAUAAAGGAGCUGAUCAGAUAUGUGAGCCUAGUGGGGAAACUAGCGAAAGUGUAAGGGAGAACAAAGAUGAUGGAGAAUCCUUAGAUGAUUUGAUGGCGAAGAUGAAGAACCUUUGAAAUGAAACAUUAUAAAUCUAUCCUUCUAAAAGCUGACCAGAAACAGCUGAAAAUUACCAAGAACACCAUGGAAAGGUUCAUAGAAAUCCUUUAUGAUAUCAGUGGAUGAAGUCAGUGGAUGUUUUUUUCUGCAUAUGCCUUCUUCUGUGGAAAAACAGCCUUGUUUGUAGUCUAUUAUCAAGGUGGAGUCUGCAGUAUUGUCUUAUUGUUCUGUUAAACAGUGGCACUACCUUCAUUCUCUCAUCUUGCUUUAGUCAUUUUCUUAUUAUCAAAUUUGAUUCAGUAAGUAUAUUUCUUCUAAUAAUGAUCAUAAUAGUUACAAUUAUAUAGCGGUUCGUACAUUGUUCUUAAGCACUUUACAUUGUAAUCAUUGUUAUUGUGGUCACAGGAUCCAUCACUGCUCCACACAUAAAGUGCACCAUCUCUACUCCCUGGAGGGUAUCUUGGACAGGCAACUGUUGAUUUAUCGGUGCACACAUGUCAAUCUAAUCAAAGUGAUGUCCACAUCCUACUAGGUACCCAUUUGACACCUGUGUGGAGAGUGGUGAAGGUGGAUAAGAGCCUUGCCAAGGGACAUUAAUACAGGGUGGGAUUUGAACCUUCAAUCCUUGGUUUAAGAGUCAAGUGACAGAACCACUACACCACAACACCUCCACAACAAAUAUGCCAAUGAAAGUCAGAUGGUAAUAUGAAAAUAACUAAAGCAAGACAGGCACAUGUUGGUGGUAGCUGCUCUGUAACCAUUGCUUUUAGUUCCACUGCAUCUGAUGUAUGUAAAAUGUUUAGUGUAACAGCAGAACAAUAGCUGCAGCCUCCGUUUAGAUUACCUUCUGUGAUAGUUAGUGGUCAUCGUCAGCUUUUUCUUGGGCCUUUCUUAUAGAUAUUUAUUCAGUAUAUGAAAUGACUUAUUGCCAUUCCUAUUGCCAACUUCUAUGUUGAUAGUCUCAAAGGCACUAUUGCUGUGUUGAAUUCAAUUCUUUUAAGGGGACUUAGAUUAAGUUACUAUAAUAAUAAUGAUCUUAAAAUAAUGAUGAUAGCCUACAGAUGAUCAUAAUACAAAUGUCAAUGACGUCAUAACAAUCAAAAUCAUAUCCCAUUAAAACUUAUUUUUUGGAAAUGUAUGUAUUCAAAUCUUUGUUUUACGGUGCCUUGUGUAUCUUGAAUAUUGAGAUAAUACACGUGUCAAGGAACCUUAAGGUAUUUGAAAACAAGUCUUCAAAAUUCCUUUUUUUCUUAAUACCCCUUUGUUUCUCAGUUGACAAACAUGUAAAUAUAAUUUAUCAUUCCACUUUUAUGCUAUAUAAUAUGGCUUGACAUCUUAUUUGAGACUUCUGCUAUGUUUCAUUAAUGAUUUAUUUGUGUAAUUUAUAUAACUUAGAAUGUAUGCAAUAUUAUGUUAAAUGGCUCUUCCACUUUAUGUUAAUGUUGUUUAUUUCUUUUUCCCACUUCCUUUCUCUCAUUCAUGUACAAAGUUGGUAUCCCCCCUUCUCUCUAAGUAUCUCAUCUCCAUUGGCCUAUUUUUUCACCCGACCUCUCGCAUUCUCUUUUUAUUCCUUUCAUUAGUACUCUGCUGUAUUAAGUGCUUUAAACAUUAUAUCAUAAACAAAUGUUUAGAUGUCUGGAUAUACGCCUUUCCUGUUGAAUCAAACAUUUGCAUGAAGUUUAUGACAAAUGGAAUAUUAUUCACUUCAUUAUCAUUUUAGCUAGGUUAAUAUCUUGGCAUGUAUAUUUGUCAAACAUUUCAUCUAUUUUAUUCCAACACGGUACACAUACAUCAACCAAAGUGUUUUUCAGAACAUCCGUGUAUGAAGAGGUUAAUGUAGGCCUAUAUUUGUAUUUUAUGAGUGUAAUGAAUAUAAUUUAUGAUUUGAUCAUUCAAUUUCUUAUCACAUCAAAGGUGGAUAGAGUUUAGUGGCAAUAUUGUAUAAUGCGCUGCAUAUUCCACACGUCCUCAUUUUGCAGUCAUGUCGUCACUCUCCAUGGCAAAGGACAGAUAAAAUAAUUAUUUUGCUGCUACAGCAAUUUAUGCCCCACUGAUUUAACUUCAUUAGUUUUUUUUUUUUUUUUUUACAAUUCUGGGUCAGCAAAUUAUAAUUCAUUUAAAGCUGACAAUGUUUUCAAUCACCUGCAAUCAUUGAAAUGGAUAUCUUGUCAUGAAUUCUUAACAAUUUAUGUACCUCCUGUACAUGUAUAUUUUUUCAUCAGUAUCUAUGGAUAAUGCACUCUAGGUUUGUGCAAUAUCAAAUAAUUCCCAUUUGUCUGGGAUAUUGCAUUGUGCGUUCUAUCUAUUGUAAAGCCCGGCGCACACUAUGCGAUGCGUUACGAUCCAAAGUUCAAAGAAAUUGUAAUAGCAUUUUGAAUGAACAUUCCAACCAAUAAAAUCUCAGCGAUCAGAGUUCAGAAUAGUGGAAGGACUACUGAAAUCAGAAAUUCAGUCCAGUUCGAGCCUCCCUGUAGGAAGAAAAGCAAAUUCAAAUCCAAAUUGUAAUGACGUCAUCAUCGGCUAUGACUUGAAGCCGAUUUUGACUGUCCUUUGACCACAGGGCUUGCCGCAAAGCAAAUUUAUGAUUUUUUUUUUUUAAUAUCAAAUUAAAUAAUUUUACUUCUUGGAACUUUCAUAUUUGAUACAAAAUGUGAUUUAUUAAAAGAUAAUAGCAUCGAACACAAAGUGUGCGCUGGGCUUAAAAGUGCAUAUUUUUUACCUUUCAUGUUUAUGACUCUCCUGUUUAGAAUGAUUAAGGGCCCGUCAUGCCUUCACGUAUAUGCCAAUGCACAUGUUGCAAGCUGUUUUCCAACUUAAAUAGUAUAUCUUGAUAUUGAAAAAAUCAUUGACAAUUCUUGAUAACAAAAAUUCAGUAAGAAAUUAAGUUAAAAUGCUGUACAUACGCAAUAUGAAUUGGCUAUAAUACUCAGGUUUAACAGCCCCUUAAGAUUUUAAAUACGAUUGUCCGAAAUUGCAAAAUUCUGAGAAAAUCAGAAAAUUAUCACCCCCCCUUCUUGGCAGAUUAUUGCUUUGCAUUAUCCUCAUGUUUAGGUAGCAUUACAACUUAGAUUUUGAAUAGGAUAUAUUAGUAGAUUAAUGGCAUACAUCCUUUAUUCAUAGAGAUGAAGGGGUGUUGCAAGAAAAUAUUUGCAAUCAAUUGAAAAAUUUCAGGUACAAACUCUCAAGUGAUGGAUUGGUUUUAACUCGAUAAAAUUAAUUAAAACUUACUGAUGCAAGAUUCAGACUACCAAUUGUAAAUUUAGAAUAGUGAUUGAUUUUAGGAUCUAAAAGUAACUUUCAGUGGAUAACAGAUCUCUUGCAAUGCCCCAUCAGUAAGGUUUUAUUUUAUGCAAGUUCCGAUUGACAGGGCAGCAUCCAGAUAUUUUGAUGGGGGGUUGCAAGAUAAACUGCAGAUGUCAUUUUUUUUUUGCAAUUGACUAACAAUAAUUUUUGAAGUUGCAUGUGACCCACAAAACUUCCCAUUUUCUAUUUUUAUUUUUUCUUCUUCCUCCCAUCUUCCCAUUUGAAAAAUCAUAGGUUGGGAUGUUGCUCCCCCCCCCCCCCUGGGUAGUGCUGCCCCUGUCUAUUAAUUCAGUUAUACAUGUACAUCAGAGAAAUCCUCUCUGAUCAUCAUGAGGAAUAUGAAUAUGGUCACAAAAAUGUUCUAUUGCAUGUUUGCAUGAAUAUAGAAAGAAAUAAACUAUCCGUUAAUAUUUAUAGCUCAAA